GCGUUUCGUUUCACUUUGUAACAGAAAGCUCAAAUCAACGGUCGUGUCGUGAAAAUUGGGCAAAGCUCCGUGUGAAAACGCUAAAAUUCCUCGAACGAAAUUGAUUUGUGCGUGUGUGUCCAUGGUUAUUAGAGUGCAUUUGAUCUAAAGCAAAGUAUUAGAGAAUUGCAGAGUGCAUUUUGGAUUCACGGCCACACAGAGGUUUUCCAAGUUGCCAAAAACGUUGUCUGGAAGGGACAAUUGUGCCAUUGUGCUUAUGCGCGUGUGUGUGCCUGUUUUUGUGUGAAAAAUCCGCCCUUAACAGCAGCCAGCCAGCAAGGAUCCCGAAGCUAAGCCAAGUCAAACUUUGAAACCACGGCGCGACUUGAACCACCCGAGCGUUGAUGGCUGCCACCAAAAUCAUCGAUGCACCGCGCAACGGCCACGAGAUGGCUCCAUUGAACACAAGGGCACGGGGCGAUGGGACCCACGGCGUGACCAUCGUCCUGACCGCCCCGCAGCGCAACUCGGUACAGUCGGUGGACAUUCCGGGCGGAGAUCCGGAGCGGGCCGCCUGGAGUGGCAAGAUGCAGUUCUUCCUCAGCAUCAUCGGCUACUCGGUGGGCCUGGGCAACAUCUGGCGCUUUCCCUACCUGUGCCAACAGAACGGCGGCGGUGCAUUCCUGAUACCGUUCAUGAUUAUGCUGAUACUGGAGGGAAUACCACUCUUCCUCAUCGAACUGGGCAUGGGGCAGCGCAUGCGGCUGGGCGCGUUGGGGGUGUGGAACACCAUCCAUCCGUGGCUGGGCGGCAUCGGCAUCUCGUCGUGCAUUGUGACGCUGUUCGUGGCCCUGUACUACAACGUCAUCAUCACGUGGGUCUUCUUCUACCUCUUCAACAGUUUUCGGUACCCCCUGCCCUGGUCCACCUGUCCGACGAAUGGCACUGGAUUCGCGCUUGAAGAGUGCGCCAAGUCGUCGGAGACAACGUACUUCUGGUACCGCACCACCCUGGACGCCGCCCCGUCCAUGGACGAGCCCGGCGGCCUCAAGUGGUGGAUUGUGCUCUGCCUGAUGCUCUCCUGGACCAUCGUCUUCUUCAUCGUGAUGAAGGGCAUCCAGAGCUCCGGCAAGGUGGUCUACUUCACCUCGCUCUUCCCCUACAUCGUCCUCACCAUAUUCUUCAUCCGCGGCAUAACACUGCGCGGCGCUGGCGCUGGUCUAAUGCACAUGUACACGCCGAAGGUGGAAAAGCUGCUGGAGCCAACGGUGUGGCUGGACGCGGCCACCCAGGUCUUUUACUCGUUUGGCCUCGCCUUCGGCUCGCUAAUAGCCUUCGGGAGCUACAACACGCCGAAGAACAACUGCGUCCGCGACGUCCUGCUGGUGUCCGUCUGCAAUGCAGUCACAGCCAUCUACGCGAGUGUCGUCAUCUUCGCCAUUCUCGGCUUCAAGGCCACCAUGAACGUGGAUCGCUGUGUGGCAAGCAACACGGACAUCCUCGUUAGGCAUGCGUUUCUGGAAAACAAGAACGCCACCACCCUGGAGUACGAGCAUGCGAUGGACAAGCUGAACGACACGGAGAAGACCCUCUUUCAGCUGAGCGAGUGCACCCUAUCCAAGGAGCUGGACAAUGCCGCCGAGGGAACGGGCCUGGCCUUCAUCGUGUUCACCCAGGCAAUUGUGGAGCUGCCGGGCGCCCCCUUCUGGGCCGUGCUCUUCUUCACCAUGCUGCUGUCGCUGGGACUGGGCUCGCAGAUCGGCAUCUUGGAGGGCAUGCUGUGCACCCUCUUCGACAUAGACAUUAUCAAGCGGGUUAAGAAACAGCAUGUCACUGGCGUGGUAUGUCUAUUCUGCUUUACUGUCGGUUUCAUCUUCUGCACAGGUGCCGGGGAGUACUGGCUCAAGAUGUUCGAUUCUUUUGCCGGCACCAUUGGUCUGGUGGUGGUGGCCCUGAUGGAGAUGAUCGCCGUUAUCUUUAUCUACGGACACGAGCGCUUCACUGAGGACAUCUAUCAGAUGACUGGCUACAGACCCGGCCUCUACUGGCAGCUUACAUGGCGCUACAUUGGGCCCGUAAUCAUGGUCUGCAUCCUGGCCUCGUCCAUCGUCUUUAUGGUCAUCCGCAAUCCCACAUACGGAGCUUGGAAUGCCGAAUUGGGUGUGGUGGAGCAGAAGGAAUACCCCAGGUGGGUCAUGGGCAUCGCCCUGUCGAUGAUCAUGGCCGGCGUCCUGCCCAUGCCCAUUGUGUUCCUCAUGCGCAGCUUCCAGUGCCUGAAGGUGGACCUGGACAUACACCAGGGAUCGAUCCGGCGCAACGAGACAACCGCCUCUACCAAGGAGAUGAUUGACAACGACGAUGAUGAGGACGAUGAGAACGAUUUCAGCGGACCCGCCCUGGGUGGCCACGUCAAGACCCAGAGCGACUUUUCCGACGACGACGAGGAGGACAAGCCCAUGACCAUGCGGAUGAUGAUGAUGCGUCCAACAACAACAUCGAACGUGUUAAAUGUGCCAACAAGCAGAAAGCAGCAGAACUACAAAAAGGAUGCGUACGAUGUGUAGACAGCUGUUCAUGUGUUCAGGUCUACAUCGAACACAUAUAGGACGGGUCCAGGUGUGAAAUGAAAUGAAGUGGAACCCCCCCAGAGACAGGAACAGAAACAGAGCGAACGCAAUGGCAAGUGAAAUAUUAAUUAAACUGAGAGUAGGGAAGAGAGAGAGAGAGAAAGAGAGAGGCAGGGAGCUGGAGUGGAGCCGUGCCGAGAUGAGCGCAAACAUUUAUAAAUAUUUACUCUAAGUAUUUUAACAUAAUUUAAAGCUAAACUAAGAAACAGAAAGAAUAAACUGAAGAGUUUGAAUUAAUUGAAUUCUAGUUCGAGUGCGUAACUAAAAUUGUUAAACCGUAUUUUUAACACAAACUGAACUCAAACUAAACUAAAACUAAACCUAAACCAAGCAAACUAACUAACUCGCAAAUAGCGAGUACAAUGAGCUGCUGUGCUGUGGAAGAAGGAAAGCAGGACAGGACAAAAUUAAAGAAGAAAGAAAAGAAAAGGAAAACUAUUAAAUAAAAGGGGUUGCUAAAAGUUUCGAUUGGAUGAUUAUGUAGCGUAGCAUUUAGUUGGAAUGCUUUAAGCUUUACCAUUAGACACUCUAACACACAAACUGAAAGUAUUUCUGGUUUCCCAUCCAUAGCCCUCACCACCCCACCCCACCCCACCCCACCCCAACCACUCUUCAAUAGCAAACGCUUUGUAGUCGACUUAGGAAAGCGCAUUUCCAAAGAGUUUAACUCGAUAUUUAGUUUAGUAUAGAUCUACUGUCUGUUAUUAUUUGGACUUCUUACAUACAACACUUGGGAGUGCAUGCCAAGACCCCAAUCUAUUAAAUCUAACGAGAUCUAGAAACAGAGUUACACAGUUUAAUGUUAAUUCAAACAAACAAGUUACACUCUAUAGACAUUUUAAGCUCUAGCUGCGUUGAGCGAGAUACAAGUAAAUACUUAUUGAACACAAAGAUACAUGGAAUGUGUGAUAUUCUAAAUAAUAUCCUCAGAACUUAGUCUAAGCGAGAAACCUUAUCGAUUUCACUUAGGUUUUAAGACUCUUCGAUCCCCUCCUCCCCGCCCCCAUGCAGCCACACCAUAUCUGUUCUCUCAACCCCAUCUUUAUCUCUAUUGUCCGCCCCACCCCACCCCACCACUCCCCGCUCUUCUGAUUGAGCCACCCAAGUGUAUUUUACCAUAUACCAACAGAACAAAACAAAACGAGAAAAAUAAACUGCUGUGAAUAGAUUUAGUGGUGGUAAAGCUCUACUGAAGAAGGGAAACCAUAAAGCUAAUAUUUAACUAGUUCUUAAGCGGCACUCGACACCACACCACACCAUCCACUCACUUCCGUUCACUCCGAGAACUAUCUGACUCGGACCCGUUCCCCUUACCAUUCCCAAUUCGGUUUCCACCAAAUGGUCUUCGUGCAAUCCUUAUGCAGAACUGUGCACCACACCCCCACCUCUUCGUAACUUUCUCUUAUUUCGUUAAGGUAGGGGUAAAGGCAACGUAAAAACUGAACACAGAGAUUAAUGAUAUAUGGAAAUAUGUAGAAUCAAAACACUUGGAACAUGGAAAGUACUCAAAGUCAAAUGCAAAAUGACACAACAGAACAGAAUAAGAUUGAAGAUGUUGAAGACAAUAAGACAAUUAUAGAAAUAUACUUAUAAUAUGGCCUCGUCGCGGUGUGAGAGAUACGAGUAUCCCAGCCCAUAGCCUAGCAGGAAUUUUAUCCAUUACCAUUCAAUUUUUGAGGCCAUCAAUUUUGUACACCUUCAUAUAAAUAGUCAAGAUGGGCCAUACCGAUUGGUGGCGCUAAAAGAGAGAUCAGAAGCUGCUCAUUAACAGAUAAAAGAUAGAAAAUACCAUUCUCCUCACCUCCAUCUAUCCAAGAAACACUUAUCCUGAAAUCCUCGCAAUCGCAAUCGCAAUAGAAACCGAAACCAAAUAUCAAUCAAUUACUACAUACCACAUAAUAACAAGCCUAAAUGUAUAGUUAACUUGUUUACGCCACUAUAUAUACAAUACCUAUAGGUAUAUACAUAUAGUAUAUACAGUACAUAUAACCUAUAUACAUAGCUCUACUAUACCUACGUAUAAUUAUUGUAUAUCAAUUAUUGUUGUAGUAGAAGUGCGCAACGGACUCGUGUAAAUUUGAUUGUAUUAAAACACACUGCAAAGAGAUGAAUACUUAUAUAAACCAUUAUUAUACCGUAUGCAGGAAAUGAUUAUGAUUAUGAUUAAUAAAGAUAUUUCAAGAUUAGUGCGUUAAGUUGAAGAAGAGCAAAACGAAA